CCAACCCCACUGCAAGCCGGCCCCAGGCCGCCUCGCCGCCACCCGGCCUCGCUGCGCGCCACCAUGGACAGUCCCGUUUUCCCCUGGUAAAGAUGGCGGUGCGCGAUCGCUGCAACCUUUAGACUAAUGACUGUCCGAAACAUCGCCUCCAUCUGUAAUAUGGGCACCAAUGCCUCUGCUCUGGAAAAAGACAUUGGACCAGAGCAGUUUCCGAUCAAUGAACACUACUUCGGAUUGGUCAAUUUUGGAAACACAUGCUACUGUAACUCCGUGCUUCAAGCGCUGUACUUCUGCCGGCCGUUCCGGGAGAAUGUGUUGGCAUACAAGGCCCAGCAAAAAAAGAAGGAAAACCUGUUGACAUGCCUGGCAGACCUUUUCCACAGCAUUGCCACGCAGAAGAAGAAGGUUGGCGUCAUCCCACCAAAGAAGUUCAUUUCAAGGCUGAGGAAAGAGAACGAUCUCUUUGAUAACUACAUGCAGCAGGAUGCUCACGAGUUCUUAAAUUAUUUGCUAAACACUAUUGCGGACAUCCUGCAGGAAGAGAAGAAACAGGAAAAACAAAACGGGAAGUUAAAAAACGGCAACAUGAACGAACCAGCCGAGAACAAUAAGCCAGAACUCACCUGGGUCCACGAGAUUUUUCAGGGAACACUCACUAACGAAACUCGAUGCUUGAACUGUGAAACUGUGAGUAGCAAAGAUGAAGACUUUCUUGACCUCUCUGUCGAUGUGGAACAGAACACCUCCAUCACCCACUGUCUGAGAGACUUCAGCAACACAGAAACGCUGUGUAGUGAACAAAAAUAUUAUUGUGAAACAUGUUGCAGCAAACAGGAGGCUCAGAAGAGGAUGAGGGUAAAAAAGCUGCCCAUGAUUUUGGCCCUGCACCUCAAGAGGUUCAAGUACAUGGAACAGCUCCACAGGUACACCAAGCUGUCUUACCGGGUGGUCUUCCCUCUGGAACUCCGGCUCUUCAACACCUCCAGCGAUGCUGUGAACCUGGACCGCAUGUAUGACCUGGUUGCUGUGGUCGUUCACUGUGGAAGUGGUCCUAACCGUGGGCAUUACAUCACCAUCGUAAAAAGUCAUGGCUUCUGGCUGUUGUUUGAUGACGACAUUGUAGAGAAAAUAGACGCUCAAGCCAUUGAGGAAUUCUAUGGGCUAACGUCAGAUAUAUCAAAAAAUUCAGAAUCUGGAUAUAUUUUAUUCUAUCAAUCAAGAGAAUAACUUGGUGGAGCGCGAGACUCAUUCAAGCAGGGAAAUACUCCAAGCACUAGAGCCGUGGUUUCUCUGCAGACCUCUCCUCCCCCCCAGUGGCCCGCUGAUGUCAUCACUAUGAUGCGCACUGGUCCGGCAGUGUUAAACUUCCUUCCUUCCUUUGUGUUUUUUACAUGCAGCACUACUCCUGACUCUGUUUUGGUCUGAGGUAGAGUUAACUGCAGUCGGAUUAUAUAGUCAGAUUUACAUGAAUAACUGUUGCUAAUUUUAAGAUUGGGAUGAAUGGUUAAUGCCGCUUGUCACAUCUGGCUAAACCAGAGUGAUAUUUCCUGUAAAUGUCACAGUCCAUACUGAGUGUUUGGUAGGCUUCCUGAAUGGUUUCUGGGGGCCCCCCUUCCCAUGCAUUCCUUUGACAGGUCCCUGAAAGCAUUGCUACCCGUUGUUAGCAUGCCUGCCUCCUCUGAUGGGAGGAGUUGGGUAGAUAGAUAUUCAUCUGUUAGGGUUGCAACCAUAGCUUUACGUUUGUGCAAGUGAAAAUGUUUAAAAGUGAGUGGCCUAGAUGCCAAAAUCCUCCUCCACAUUGGAGCAAGGUGAGGUAAGGCUGUCAUUGGUAGAUGGCGUUUGCACCCAACUGUGCUUACCUAGCUGGUAGAAUCCCAGGGGCUAAGACAUUUUGGAGCUCAGGGCAGGCAAAGCCAAAUGGAAGAUGUUUUUUGUGGUCAGUGAGAAGUUACUUAUCUUUCUACCAAAAGCCACGUUUCUGGAAAAUAGCUUGAUGCUGUUCAUUUUUAGGAAUGAUUUUCUUCCAUCAGGUCCUGUAGUUGUCUUCUUCUCAUGUUUGGUACCGCUAAGCUUUUCAAACUGUCUUUUCAAUCCUGCUGAUGUUUUUUAGUCAGUGGCACCAGGGCUGAGACAUUAGCUGACUGCCUCUGGCAGGGCUCUCUCUAGCCAGUCAACAUCAGCAUCUUUCCUAGAUGAGGAAGACGAGGAAUCAAGAACUCUGUUCACCUUGACAACCAUCAGCAGAUUGUACAGCUUCUUGCUUCUUAUUCUUCUUCUUAUUUUUUUUUUUAACAUUCAGUCUAUUUAUGGAGGCACUGGUGAGUUUUGCUGGAGUUAGUGCAGUGUGAGGUGGGUCACAGGAAGUGUUAGGAGGUGGGUGGAGAGGUAAGAUGGUGGCUCAGAUUCCUAGAAUGCUUGACAAGACAGUUUCCAGGAAGAACCUUAUCUCACCGUUUCCCCCUUUUGUUAUGUGUGUAUUUAUUAGAGCAUUUGCAUACUGGUACCUUUUAUUAAAAGGGUUGAUUUGGUGUUUUACCAUUGAAUGGAUCUUGGUUUUCCUACAAAUACUAUGGGUCAUAGUCCUUGGCUUCCUUUUGGGAUGUCAGUUGACUUCUACACACGUUAAUAUACUGUGAAUGUGUUGUGUUGCGACGUACUACGUCGGCGAAUGAACAUGCAAACUCGUGGUGUAAUGUGAACUCAAAAACUGCAGUUGAAAUCAUCAGUGGCCAUUUUGCAGCAGGAAGAGGAUAGCACUUUAUCUAGGUGAAAACUGGACUCCUUAUUUCUGAAAUAUCUUGAAUUGUUUGUGACUCGGAACUUCAGCAUGCCGACGCUUCAUUUGUUCACGCUUCAAGGGCCAUGUCUCAUUCUUCACUGGAGCAGACGAAACAGGGUUGUGUCAUGUUACUCUCUUAUGCAAGUGACGAAAAUGGACUUUGCCUUGGUUAGAGGCAAUGCAUAUUUAUAAAUAUUUUGUCUUUAUUUCCCCCCUCCAUGAAGCAUAUUUAUUAAUCACUUACAUGGAUGGUGAACCUUCAUUCUUUAAGGUGAGGCACUUUUUCAAGUGUAAGGGAUUGAUGGCCUGAGAUAUUUGUAUACAUACAGCCAUAUACUUCACUGUGGGUUACAAAGGUUAAAAAAAAUGGCUACUGGUCUCUAAUAUAUUUGGAACUGAUCAUAGAACAAAAACUAUUAAAACUAUCUUUGAAACAACUCUUGCAGCUAAUUUAUUAGACAAAAAUGUUUCAAAUGGAAGCCCAAAUGCUAUUGUAAGGUUCGGCACAUUUUUCUCGUCUUUCUUUUUCUUCCUUUCUUUUGUUCCUGUGAGCAUGUAAAGUAUUCCCCAGCAAUGUAACCAAAGUCGUUGCUUUUAAUGGAAAAAAGUAAGUUAAAAUUGAGUAUCUGUGAAGAGGUUUUGGAACCGAAGGAGAUGAGCGAUCGCUGAAACUAUCGUACUGACAUUCAUUUGGUUGUAUGGUGCUGGGAAAGAAGACCGGAGAAGACCAAACACACAUCUCCAUCAACACUCCAUCAGUUUAUCCAGUAUAGAACGAUCUGGUAGUGACUUACCUCUUUCUCAAUAAAGAAAACACAAGGCAGCUCUGUCCCAUGCCCCAUCCUUUUUUUUCCCCACAGAGAAGUCAUGUUCUAACUUACUUUCCCUGGUUCCUAGUAUUAAGCAGGGGAUGACAGUGGCUGUGAGACACGUGAGACCAAUCCCAGGGCACAGAGAUAGCACAAAGACCCAGCAACAGUCCCCGAUGGGGGUCUGUAUGUCCUUUCCCCCAGCAGGAGUGAUUAAGCCUGCUGAAUUUUCUUAAUUUCUGUAAAAGCUGGGUACUUAAAAAGAAACUUAAAAUUUUAAAAAUUUAAAAAGUGUCUUUCAAGAGACUUUAACAUUUUUUUUAAAAAAAUGAAAUGUUUCUUUGCUACUUUAUCAUCUAGAGUAUGGUGCAGUAUGCUGAAUCUUUUGUUUCAAAGCAAAUGUUAGUGAAAAGCUGGUGUGCAUAGUCUUGUUACAUUGAUGCAGUUUUUCCCAUUCCAAGGUCUCAUCAGGUAGACUGGCUUGAAGAAAGCCGGGAAGAAUGCCAUCAGGGUGUUAGUCUGAAUAGGAAGCCAUUCCCACAUGGUUUCAUGUCCCGUUUAUAUUUUGGGCAUAACGGAAAAUGGAAAAUGACAGCAGAGGCCCCUGUGCAUGGUUUUCAUGGGUGCCCUUAAUCUCAUGGGCAUGCCUAACUUGAAAGUCUGUUCUAACUGGCGCUUAAGGCUUAUUUUAGAUACUGGAGUGUAGCUUUAUUAUGGAUGGAUUUUUAUCUUUUAAACAUUUCAUUUUGAUCAACUUUGUAUAUUCAUGUGUAUUAAAAUAUCGUGGCACUAAAUGUCCGCCCCCCCUUCCCCCCCCAUCCCCCGUUUGCUGUACCUGGUCGGCAUUUGCCGGCACCAUCGUGGUUAGCUCAUGCAAAUGCCAUGGGCCAGAGACAAUUAUUGCCUAUUUUUCUGCCUAAUUAAAUUUCUGUUUUCUAGUA